UGUGUAGCUCGAGGAUGAAAAUGGCGGUGGGGAGAGAUCAACGCGAGAAUCAAACACACAAAUGACCAUUUGACUUGGAUGACAGCAGCACUGCAGCUCCGCGAGGGAAUAAAGAAGUAGCUUAUCGUCAACAAAGUGCAUUUACAACAACAAACACCCGGAGUUUAACGGGGAAAAACUGCGUCCUGGAUUUAAAAUAGCUCCUAAAAUUAGCCCGCUUAGCUAGCCUUCAACUGGAAGGUUUAACGAACACCACAUUAACGGAAUUAUUCUGUCAGAGUAAGAUGAACUGCGCAUUUCUCGACUUACCUCUCAAAUGCAAGCUCAGUCGUAGGCGGUGGGCUUGUAGAAAUAUUUGCUUCUGAUUGAAUGCAUAACUAAUCGCUCCAUCUGGCAAUAUUAGCCAGCAAACACUAUCCUCCAAGCCUUCUCAAAGUUCAACGAGCAUCUGUAAGAGGAGAACGGACCAAACAGGUUGCAUUGAGCGCCCAUUUCCUCCUGCCUCCCCUAGUGGGAUGGUUCUGCAUGACAGGGAGGGUAUGGUUCUGUAACCCCCUCUCUGUUCUCCAGUUCCCAUCCCAUAAACCCAGUGGACCACAGCCAUAGUGUUGCCUUCAAUGAACAUCCCUCUGGAACUCUAGAUCAAGUAAGUUACACUGGGUGUCCAUUCUCUGCUGCCUCCCCCCGGUGGGAUGGUUCUGCAUGACAGGGAGGGUGUGGCACCAUAGCCCCCUCUCCUUGAGAUCUCUCCCACCAUAAACCCAGUGGACCACAGCCAUAGUGUUCCCCUCAAUGAGCAUCCCUCUGGAGCCCUAGAUCAAGUGUGCAUAUGCUGAAAAUGAGUGCUGCAGGGGAGAAUGCCCUUGACCCCGACACCCCAGAGUCACGGAAGAGGAAGGGCUCUCCAUGUGAUACCUCUGGUCUCAGUGCGGAGAAGCGACGGCGGGAGCUGGAAUGCCGCUACAUUGACGAACUGGCUGAGUUACUGUCAGCCAACAUGAGCGACAUUGCCAGCUUGAACGUGAAACCGGACAAAUGCCACAUCUUAAAGAGCACCGUGGACCAGAUCCAGCAGAUCAAACGGCGCGAGCAGGAGAAAGCAGCUCUGAUGUCUCCAGGUGAUGAGGUGCAAAAGAGCGACAUAUCGUCAAGCAGUCAGGGCAUGGUGGAGAAGGAAGCCCUUGGGCCACUUCUCUUGGAGGCCCUGAAUGGCUUCUUUUUCGCCGUGAACCGCGAGGGGCGCAUUGUGUUUGUGUCUGAGAACGUCACCAGUUAUCUGGGUUAUACCCAGGAAGAGCUGAUGACCUCCAGCGUCUACAGCAUCCUUCAUGUGGGUGAUCACAACGAGUUUGUGCGCAACCUGCUACCCAAGAGCCUUGUAAACGGUGUGCCAUGGCCUCAGGAGCAAGGCCGAAGGAACAGCCGCAUGUUUAACUGCAGGUUGCUGAAAAGACCUCCAGACGAGGUGGACGCAGAGAACCAGGAGGCCCGUCAACAGUAUGAGCUCAUGCAGUGCUUCACGGUCUCUCAGCCCAGAGCGGUGCAGGAGGAGGGUGAGGACCUGCAGAGCUGUUUAAUCUGUAUAGCAAGUCGAAUGCCUCAUCCACCUCAGAUCCCUGUCAGUACAGAGUCCUUCAUCACCAAGCAGGACCCUACAGGGAAAAUCAUCUCUAUUGAGACGAGUGCUCUGAGGGCCACAGGCCGACCAGGUUUGGAGGACCUGGUCAGGAAGUGCAUCUACGCAUUCUUCCAGCCUCAGGGCAAUGAGCCCUCCCAUGCCAAGAAGCUGCUUCAUGAGGUGAUGACCCACGGCAUGGCCAUCAGUCCUCUGUACCAUUUCACACUCAGUGACGGGACGUCCCUCAGUGCGCAGACACGCUGCAAAUUCUGCUGCCCCCCAAACCCAGACGUACAGCCCUUCAUCAUGGGCAUUCACACUAUAGACAGGGAACACAACACUGCUAGCUCUCAGGAAAACACUACCCCCAGCCUUCUGUCUCCUGCUGCCCCACCUUCCCGCUCACCUGCCCUGCAGCCCUCCAGUGACCUCAGCCUCCAUCUCAACAACAGCAAUGGCACCUGUGCCACUCCUGGACCCCCAACACCCACACCACCAGGCUACCUGACGCCCGGCCGCAUUGGGCCCUCCCAGCAGGUCAGCAGCCCCUCUGCACUUGGCAGCCCUCUCACUGCCACCCCUACCUCAUUCAUGUCGCCUCGACCUCCACGGGGCAGCCCAGGCCUGGCCAGCAGCCCACGCGCGCCCGGCCAUCCUUUUUCCCCCUCGGCGCCCGGCAUCCACUCGCCCGCUGGCGGACUGACCAGGCAGCAGUCUGGCGGCGACAGUGUCAGUUUCUCUCUCCCCUCUCCCUUACCCCCCAGACAGACUCCGACCCCCAGCAGCUCCCCAGCACGUCAGCCCCCGGCCAAACCGCCGGAAGCGUCCGCUGAUGAGCCUAAAGCUGCUGCGGUGUGCAACCUCAAACUUAACCAGCUCUUGGACGGUGCCCCUGAACAUGACUCCCAACCCCGUCCUGCACCCAUGGCCCAGUGUCCGGCUUCUCACAGCAGUCUGACUGAGCGGCAUAAGAUUCUGCACCGCCUGCUCCAGGACAGCAACCCUGCAGAUGCAGGCAAGGAGCACGACAUUAAGAACGAGCCUCCGACAAGUCCCAACGCAGCCUUGGUGGCACGGGGACUUGGGAAGGAAACCCAGGACCACCAGCUGCUACGGUUUCUGCUGGAUACGGAUGAAAAGGACUUGGAGGACUUGCCGCCUCCGGCCGUCCUCAGCCUCCAUACUGUCAAGGUAAGGGCAGAGAAGAAAGGGAGCAGAGAGAAUGUGCUCUGUGCUGCUGCUGCCGCCACCACCGUGUCUGCAGUCACUUGCCCGCCUCAAUCCAGUGACAACCCCAGCCCGCAGUUUCCCAGUACUGAUCUGGACACUUUGAACCAGCUCUUGCCCACUUUGAGAAGCUCUGUGGGAGGUAAAGCAGUAGAGGAGCCAGUGCUCGUCCAGCCCAGUGAGGACAACUUUUCCAUCGGGUUGAAUGUGAAGAGAGAGUCACCAGGAACAUCAAGCAGAGCAUUCCCUGAUGGAUCAAACCUCUCAAAUCAGUCCUCUUUUGAGUUCUGCGACCCCUCUACACCAAACCAGGGUCAGGUCCAGGUGCCGGAUCUUGGGCAGAUAGACCCGUUUCAGUCACCCAAGGAGAGCAGCAGCCCCUUUGCCAAUCCAACCAGCCUCAACUCUUUCAACACCAACACAGGUCUGGCCAAGCUGGAGCUUCCUGAGUCUCAGCAGUUCCAGCCCUUGUCCCUGGUUGAACCAAUGACCUUCGAUAACAAUUUGGGCAACCAGACACAGGCCCCUCUGUCCUCUCCUCAAGAGCAGUGUGUUCCAUGUCCGCUGGAUGAGAUGCUGUGUCCACCCACCACACCUGAGGGCUGUAACGACGAGAAGGCCCUGCUGGAGCAGCUCGUCACUUUCUUGAGCCGCACUGACGAGAGUGAGUUGGCCGAGCUGGACAGAGCGUUGGGCAUCGACAAGAUUGUUCAAUGUGGAUGCCUCGAACCUGUCACCCAGACCUUUCCUCAGUCUCAGCCUCCAACACCUGUACCCAUGGACCCCAAGCUGCCCAGCUACCCCUCUCAGUUCCCCACCUCACCCUCACAGUUUCCUGCUGAGAUGGGCACAGCACAGGGCAUGAGUUUCGGGGCCCCACGGAUGGCGUUUCCAGGCAACGUGGGCAUGACGGUGCGGCCCGGCAUGAAUCGAGCUCCUGGUGUGCCCAACCAGCUGAGACUCCAGCUCCAGCAACGUUUGCAAGGCCCACAGCAGCUCCAGAACAGACUUGCGGCCAUGGGUCAGUUCCCACAAGGGGGGCAUGUUGCCAUGGGGAUACGUCAUGGCAUGCAGCAGCCUCAGAUGCCCUCUCAGCCUCCACUCAACGCUCAAAUGAUGGCCCAGCGGCAGCGGGAGCUUUAUAGUUUCCAGCACCGCCAGCGGCAGCUUAUGCAGCAGAAGGUAUUGCUGAUGAGGCAGGGGAUGAACACAGGACCUCUCGGGGCUCAGCGAGUUCCUAAGGGCCCCCAGCAGCAACAGCCACCACAGCAGCAGCAGUUCGGGUUUUCUCCAGGCUAUAACGCCGUGCCUGGGAACACCCCUACCUCUCCGAGCCAUUUUAACCCCAUGGUAGGACCUCUGGACCCCAAGCUACCUACCAGGGGGGGCAUGGGAAACCAAGGCAUUAUGGGAGGCAUUCAAGGGCAAUUUGGGGGGCCUGUGAACACUCCUGUUCAGCAGGGACUUUUCCAGCAGUUUGGGGGGUCUGGCAUGAUUCAGCAAGCAGAUCCAUCCUUUGCUCCUGAGCUUAGUCCAACCAGCCCCCUGCUUUCACCUCAGAACUCCACCUCCCAGAGUCCUCUGCUCCAGCAAGUGCAGCCUCCACCUGGUUAUCAGUCACCUGACAUAAAGAAUUGGCAGCAAGGGGCCAUGGGCAACAACAGUAUGUAUAACCAGGCAGGCCAGCCUGUCUCUCAGAGCUUUGGGCAGCAAGGCGUGUAUAACAACAUGAGCAUCACCGUGUCAAUGGCUGGAGGGUCAGGAGCGGUGAGCACUCUACCUCCUAUUGGACCAUCGGUCGGCAUGGGCAACAAUAACCUUGGCAACGUCACUUCAAUGUGUAACGAUCAGGUACAGCAGGUUCAGGUGUUCGCUGAUGUCCAGUGCACGGUAAACCUGGUGGGAAGUGACUCCUACCUUAACCAGUCGGGGCCCAUCGGGUCCCAGAAGGGCCCGAGCGGGACCCCCACAGCCCAGUCUCAGCAGAAGAGCCUCCUCCAGCAGCUCCUGACCGAAACAAGCAUCGCCAGGAUGGGAGACUGCUCUGUAGUGCGUAUCCGUCUGCCCGCAAGCUUUCCUGGCAGCACUGUUUUGAAACCGCAGACAUUUUUUUAACAAUGUCCUACACAUUUCCCCCCUCAGCAGCUGUGAAUACUCAGCCUAUCAGUGUUGUUUGCGGCGACGUGUUGUGCAGGUUGGUAUUAUUGUACAGCACAAACGGACAAAGUUGGGACAAGCUCACACUUUGUAAUUUCCUUUAAAAAUGAAACCUCAUCAAAUUACAGGCAACUCUUGUUUCGAACGCAUCAACUUAACACCAGUUCCUUUUUAACGACUUUGAGAAUCUGUAAUGUCACUUUGUUAUUUAAAAAGUAAUCAUCCAGGGGGGUCUCGCGCGUUCUCAUAUAUCAAGAGACUCAGAUUUUUACGAUUGAUAUUGGUUAUCGAACACCCCGGUAAAUGCUACAAACCCUCUGUUGCAUUGCACGCAGGUGCGAAAAUGUACAUUGUACAUUGAUUUUCAUUAUACAGUUGAGUGUUUCAAGGAUGCUCUUCAAAACCACAGGUGCUCCUUUCUGACUGGAGGAGCGAGGUGUUGUUUCACGCACCGUCGGCUGCAUUCUCCAGCUCUUUGACUGCUCAUGAGACUACUGUUGCCCAGUCAGACACUGUUCAUCAGCGUUAUCCUUUGUUCAUUUACCUACUAGUCAUCCCCGAUUGAUUUCGAACCUAAACAUUCGCUAGUUUACGUGAAACGUACUAAUUGAAAACCAAAUUAUUUUUUUAAUCAAAGAUAUCAAAACAAAAAGACUUGCUGUGGUCGAAAUUGAUGUCUCACCGUGUGAGCACGAGGUAUUUCACAAAUCGUGCGACAUAAUUGGAGCACAGCUCGAAAUCGUGUUGCAUGCGUGACCGUCUCUCCUCUCACAUAUUUUCAUUCUCCUUUAACAGUGUUCUUUUGUUCAUGACACUAUAUAAAAAUGUCUAAUUUCGUAAAGCAGAUUCUCAUUCGUCUACGAAAUUCAGCCGGCAGUAUGUACUGUUGAGAUCAAGCCACUUUCUGCUAUAUAUAAAUGUACAUAGACAUUACAAAAAGCGAGAUGAAUUGAUGCAUACAUAACAUUUAAGUCAUUUAAGUCAGUCUGUGUUUUUUCCCGAUUUUGGCUCACCGAAAAAACACAGAUGUCGUAAUUAAUCAAUUCUGCCCUCCUCUUUGGGGAACAGGCAUUCCUGUAUAGAUAAAAAUGUUUUUUAUGCAGUGGAUAAGAGUCAUUUAAUGAACCCUACCUGUCAUCAUGACCGUGUUUAUGCCAAAUAUACCAAACUAGCAAACAGCACCUAUUAAUACUGUUUUUAUUGUUUUGCUUUCUCGUUUAUAACGGCUCUCACAGUCAGUACACAACAUCAAGGUACAAUAGAACUAUUCAGAACCUGGAUUAUCAAAGUAUUGUGUAUAUAACAGAUAAAUGUGAAUAUGUAUCUGUUCAGAAUCAACAAAAUGUAGUGCUCCGAGUUUGUGGUAAUAACUACUUGCUUCCAUUUUUUUCUUUUUUUCUUUUUUCUUUUUUGGUUUUGUGAUGUGCAUGGCUGUCUGAAAGCGUGUAUGUGUGUGAUUAAUACUGUAUAUCUGGUGUUUAAAAUGGAAAAACAGACAAAUGUCCUGAUUUUGAUUUUCUUUUUUUUCUUUCUAUCUUUUUUUUUUUUGGAAUACCUGCAACUUUUCCUGUGGGUGUUGAGAUUGCUCUAUAUGUGAGAAUGGUUUAGCGACUGCUGAAUGUGACUUUGCUGAGGGAGAAGCAGCAUGGACUGGCUUUUGUACGGGUUAAUUUAAAAAAAAAAAAAAGGCCAUAUUAUUUAAUUUCUCUGUUGUCAAAGUUUAAACAGCUCUGACAAAGUGGAACCUUGGUUUGAGAACAGCACUGGCUUAUUGUAAUGGGGUUUCGUCAACUGCCUGAUGUAGUUUUUGCCAUGUGUAAACACUUUUAAGACAAGAACGGAUAUAUGACCAAAGCUUCAAGAUACUAAAAGAUCCAUAUCAUAUGCAAGGUUCAUGCAAUUGGAAAAUGUAGCAUUGAGUUUUUCCUGAAUAGGUGUCCCAUAUCCCGUCACGUUUAUAACACUACCAUUUUGUCUUUACUUUCUGGAUAUAUUCCCCUAGCUGGUUUGAUUACGUUCAAAGACGUUCAGUAGCGAGUUUCUUCAGAUGUUCCCCCGUUGCUACUGAUCUACCAAACAUGCAAAUGCCUCUUCGGGAGGCACUUUAGUCACUGUUUUCAGGAAGACAGAUUUCUAACCGCUAGCUAUGCACCUUUAGAGGUUAAAUGAAAAGCAUUUGGCUUUUGUUUUAAAACUGACAACUCAAAACGGAUUAUUGCUUUGAAUGCAGUAUUCUAGCAUUGCAUGCUAACAAAUAUCUCCUGUUUUUCCUCUAUUUUGUUUUUUUAACUCAAGGGAUAUACAUAAUUUGUAGUUCGAAACAAGUGGUUUCAAGCUACUCGGGCAAAAAACGAGAAAACCAUACUGAUGCAACUAUACUUAGAUAUUCGACUUUAUUUAGCUGGAUUCUUUAUACCAAAUUUGAGGUGCCUCUUGUACAUAUUUUCAGCAUAGAGGACUGCUCCUCAUCGUUUGAUGAACGUUUUCUUGUUUAUGGAGAUUUUCUUAUACUGACCUUUGUAAGACUUUUGCUGUAUUUUACAUGAAGUUUUUUACAAAAAACCUAAAUGUACCAGGAACUUGCAAGGAAUACAAUCUAAUUUUGCACUUUAUACAUGAAUUACAAGGAAAGAGGCCAUGUUUAAAUCGGAAUAUAGCAUCAUGUUCUGGGAAGAAAGAAAAAAAGGAAGACAAAAAAUGAAUACCCCCUUGAAUGUAUUUUCGCAAAGUGAAAUGCCAUUUUGCUUUCCACGAAAAAUCAAAACGUGUCUCAGGUUCUUCAGGAAGAACUUGGCUUGUCAGGCUCUCAUCGUUGGAUCCCUUAAAAGAGCAGGGUAGCGGAGCCUUUGCUACAUGGGUGUUUUUUCUGCUGCAGAACCGUAGAUCUAACUAUGCCUAUCUUCUUCAGGUGCUCCACCUCCCCUUUGCCCUGUCCUUUUAGUCGGCGCGCUCACGUUCAGACCUCCUGGCUUUUCCUUUUGAAGACAUUCCUCAUCGAUCUCUGCUUUCUGUUCAUCGCGGUCUGUAUCGUAGGCUUUGAAAGUCGUUUCAGGCCCCGCACGCUCAGUGCCAAGUGCUAAGAACCAUUUAUGCAAACUUGUACAAUCUGCAUUUCCUCAUAUCAUAGUAGUGAAUCCUACGUAUCGACCACCACACACUCUCCUUGUCAUUCAGAUGUCAUCUCUACAUGGUAUCAUCUACAGUAGCUACUGUUUACCUGAGAUUUUUUGCAUAUUGUAAGUGCUGCCUUAUUAAUAUACAGAUAUUAGUUGUAUUGGUGAAGGGAAGUCAUGUGUUUGUAGCUCCACUGAAACGGCGCUUGUUCUUUCAAGGCAAGGUUCCACUUUUCACCUGUAAAAUUAAUAUAAAUAAACAAAUAUAUAUAGAUAUAUACAUUUUACUCAUUUUGUCCAGUUUUGUAUAAUACUUGUGAACUUUUUUUUUUCUUAAGAGGCAUCAUUGCAGCUGUGUGUGGGACAUAAUGAAUGAAGAUGUAUCUGGGAGACUUCUGCAUGUUUUGUCAUGUUUUUGUUUUUUUGUUUUCUCUAUGUCCAGGUUUAUCUGGAGAAUCCUACCUUUCUUAGGACGUUGUAGACAAUCAGUCACAUGCUGGGUCCAGCACCUGCGGGAUUGUCCUGCGGGCUGCAAAACUGUGUUCCGCAUCUACUGAAUCAGUCUUAUUUUUCUUGUCCAUUUCAUGGAAUUAUGUGGCUGCUCAAACUGAGAUUUGAAGUUUACACAUACAUUUACACACACACACACACACACAUUCAGACAAACAAGAAACACUCACUCACACCUCGUACAUAUGGCCCCUUUGUUGCUUUUCCAAGGUGUAGAUACAUACCUUGAAGGAAAUUAUGCUUUGACUAACAAAUCUCUAUAACAUCCAUGAAUGUGAGAAUGCAACACAUUGCAAUAAAGCACCAUGUAAAAAAGGACUGCAAGUGCCAUCUUUAUAU